GAUCGCGUAUUCACCAGAAAUUUGGCGGGAAAAGCGCGCGGCCCGCGUCGGAGACUUUGCUGGACUUCGCCUCUAAAAUCUUCAAAGUCUGUUAUUACUUUGAAGAAAAAGAAAACAAGAAAAUUAUAAUUUAGACCAGGUCAUAACUAUCGAAUUUAUUCUUCUCGUCCAAAAAGUACUCCCAAGACGAGAGGUCAUGGCAAACACAAGUAACCAAACGAGUUCCAGUUCUCCAACCUUUAGAGUAGAUGUUAUUUUCAACUCUCUUCGUGAACUGCAACAAGAAAAAGAACGCCUAGAACAGCAUUGCCAUGAAGAGAAAGCUCGCUGUAGAAGUUUGGAAAUCAAACUCGACGCCUGUCAAACAAAAUACUAUCAGUACAGCGAAAAAAAUUGUAAAAUGUUGGAAACUGUGAAUGCUGCAAAGCAGAAAGUAUUGCAGACACAGCUACAAGCUAGCAGGCUAAAAGAGCUGAAUGACGGAAAAGGUGCAAGAAUCACAGAACUCCGCAAGCAAAUUGAUGAAGAAAUGAGAAAAGAAGAAGAAGAAAUGCAGGUCUUUCAAAACAAGCUGGCAGAACUUACAAACAACUUUAGGAAUGCAAGAAACUAUUAUACGGAGGAAAAUGUAAAGAAGGAAAUGGAAGAGUGGAGUAAGCAGGCUGAAGAAACAAAAUCUGAAGUUUCUAAAGAGGACAUUGCUUUGAAGGAACUGAGUGCCAAGUUUCAUCAGUUAGAGAUGGAAACCAAAAGUGCAAAAGGUGAACUUAACCGCAAACUGGAGUUUGAUGUGACUGCAAAAGAACUGCAAACGGCUUUGACGGUUUUUGAGGAAGUGAAUCAGGAAGCGAAAGGGAAGCUAGAAAUAUCUGAGGAGGCACUGGUGGAGGAGCUGGAAAGGUAA